UUGAAUUGACCGCUCUGUUGUAACGUAUUUAUGAAAUAAAUAUUUUUUAUUUUUAUUCUUUGGUUGUGAUACUUGAAUUUUAUUCUUAUGACAGCUUUUAGUCAUUGAACUGAAAAUUUUCCAGCUAAUGAUACCUUCGAUGAAAUAUGUUUUUAAUUUUAAUUUGAUUGUGAAUUAGGGUUUUGUCUCCAAUUUACUUUGUUUUCUUUAAAAUAUAUAUAUAGGCGAAUUGAAUAAUUUAUUUCAUUGAAAUGUGUUAUAAAUCGAUUUCAAGUAACGCCUAGACUUUGACCCAAGGUCCUAAGUCCGCAGACUUUCUUGCUGUGACAGAUUAACCAAUUUUUGCCUAAGUAAUGGCUGGGAUCAAAAGAAGGACAGAUUUCUUUGAGGUGAAUGUCACUCCAACAUCAAAAAAGAAAAGGGACUCGGAUCCUCCACCUUUCUUGGUUCUUGCUCCAUUUGCUCUUGUUCCAAAGAUUUCCUUCAAUAAUGUGAAACUACACUCUACUGUCAAAACAAUUGUUUACUUCAGGAACCCAGUUGAUACUAACAUUCAGAUAGCUCUAGAAGUGCAUGAGGAUUUGCUAAAUAUCGGGUUGCAAUUGAGUGCCUAUUCAUUCAAUAUUCCUGGGAAUUCAACUGAUUCUCUUGAAUUAAUCUGGACACCAUCAUCUGUAGUUCAAUUGAGAGGAAAAAUAUGUUUAAAACAUUUGAAUGGUGAUAAAAAAUUCUCUUAUAUAAGUGUAGCUUGUUCUUCUGUUGCUCCACAAUCUAAAAAGGUCCCUUCUAAACGGCUUACAAAUAAGAAAAACAAUAUAAUAAGUAAAAAAUCUAAUAAUGGCGACAUUACUAAGCUGAAAUCGGUGAGGUUUGCUGAUAAAUUUCCUGAAUGCCUCUCUACCAAUUCACUCAGAAGAGAAACUUAUGAAGUCAAAGAACCUAAGCUUUGUUUUCCGAGUGCGAUUGCAGAUGCUAAACCAAGACAUACUGACUAUUUAAUAAAUGCUUCAUUUAGUUCCUUAAAAGAGGAUGAAUUGGAACAUCAUUUUCAAAACUCAAAAACAGUUCAAACCUCUAGCCCUAAGUCUAAAGUUCAAGAAAAAAGAACAAACAGAGAACCUCUAAAAGAGUUCAAUCUAAAUAUUCAUUUAGGCGAAUUCCAAAGAGAAGAAUUUAAAAUGGAUAGAAUUGAUGGGGAUAUUUCUAUCGAUUUAUCUCAUUUAAGCUUCGAUAGAGAUAGCUUAGAUUCUCCAAUACAGUUGUCAGGUAAUUCAGCAUUGUUUGAAAUCUCCCCAUUCAAAGUAAGAUCGUUUGAUUCCAAAAUAAAAUUAGAGAAUCGCUUUGAUGAGACAUUCGAAGACAGAAAACCUAUAAUUAAUUUAUCUAUCAAUUCAGAACCGAUAAUGAGAACCAACAAACAUGAAGGAACAUUUUCCAUUAUAUCUCUUUGUUCAGAUUCUUCUUUUGAAAGAUCACAUAGCUCUACUCUUCAACCGGCAGAAGACGCAUCAAAGCCUACCCAGCCAUCUUUGUGUUUUGAGAUCUCUCCCUUAAAGCCUAUCUUGAAAAAGAGUAUCAGUUCCAUAUGUGCCCAGAAAGAAGUCAAUACUGGAGCAUUAAAUGUAAACAAGAAAGUAGAAAAACAAAAGAGCCCCAAAAGGACAGAUAAUAAAGGUGUUCUGUAUGAGGGUCCACACAAAGCUUUUUAUGAUGAACCAGAUUAUUUAUUACACCCUUAUGGAAUGACAGCUAUUAAAGAUCCUUUUUCCAAGCAUUCUAUACAUUGCCGAGAUUGGUUAGAGAAAGUUGAACUGGAGCUAAUCAAGUGGCUAAAUUCUCUUUUAAGACCUCCUAAAGAACUUGGAAGUAUUGUUGAAGGAGUUGAUGUUAUGAAGCUAUGGGACCAGUCAACAGCAAGCUCAUUAAAGUUAGCCCCAUCGCGUGAAACUGCCUGUAAAGAAUACGUGCUGUCUGAUGGGAGUCAUAUGAUAGCCUUAAGAAAAGCUGCCUCUGCUUUUGCCCAGUCAGAACAUAUGAAGAAGACAAUUUAUAAUAUCCGAGCGAAGAUCCAGAGUGGAUUUUUAAGUGUGAAAGAUAAUAUAAGCUUACACCAUAACCAAGGUGCUAGGGUACGCCUUGUUCAGAUGAUUAUGUACUAUAACCCUCUCUGGUUAAGAAUUGCUCUUGAAGUUAUUUAUGAAGAAGUUAUACCCUUAUAUGAAAAUAACAUCCAUCGUGGAUUAGUCUACUUUCUUAAACAAAAUUUACUUUCUAGUCAAUAUAUCAUUGAGAAGAAUAAAUUUCCAAAAUCAACUCAUCUAAAGCCAGAGUUUGCCACUGAAAUGAAUAAUUUUGUGGUGUUGAAGUUUCUUACUCUAGUUUAUUUCCUAGAUCAUGCAAAAAGGAAACGGCUUGUACCUUAUGAUCCAUGUCUGUUCUGCAAAAAUUCACCUAUCAAGGACAGUGAAGGUAUGCUGAAUGAAUUCAUCAAGGAUUUUCUAAAGUGUGUUGGUCAUUUUAAGAAAACUUUAAAAGCGAUAGGAUAUCAGUUAGAGUAUCGUCAAACGUACUUAGACGAGUUUGAUUAUGGUUUAUCUACGCAUUUGGAUUUAAGGGAUGGAGUUAGACUUACUCGUACCAUGGAAAUCAUUCUGAAGGAUCCAUCAUACUCGCAGAAAUUAUGGACACCUGCAGUAUCUCGCAUACAAAAAAUCCAUAAUGUUCAAGUCGCUCUUUCAGCCUUAGCAAAUAAUGGUUAUACAAUCAAUGAAGACAUCAUUGCUACGGAUAUUGUUAAUGGCCAUAGGGAAAAAAUAUAUUCCUUAAUUUGGCAAAUAUUGCACAAAUUCUUAGCUCCUAGGUAUCAAUCAGCUGCUGUAAAAAUUCAGAUUUGGUGGAGGAGGUACUAUGCCAAAAUCCGUGUAAAGAAAGAAGCUGCGAUAAAAAUACAAAGAUGGUAUAGGAAACAGGUAAAAAGAAUUGAGUUAAAAAAGAAAGAAAAGGCGGCAAAUAUAAUUUAUAAGUGGUACAGGAAUCACCUACAAAGGAGAUACUAUGAACGCAACUUCAAGGUGAUGAAGAAUGCUGUUAGCAUCAUAGAAAAGUGGUAUAAGAAUAUUAAAUUAUGUGAGAAGGAUAGGAAAACCUUUGUAUUAUUUAGAGCAUCUGUGGUUAAAAUUCAGCGUUGGUAUCGAGCAGUCGUUCUUGGAAGAGAUGAGCGAAAGAAGUUUAUUCUUUUUAGAUAUUCAGUUAUUAAAAUUCAAUUGGCCUAUCGUAGUUAUAGAGAAAUGAAGCUGUGCAGAGAUUAUUUUCUUAAAAAGAAGUCUGCUGCACUUAAAAUUCAAACAUGGUAUAGAUCUGUAUUAUUGGGUAGGAAUCUUCAAACUGCAUACUUAGUGCAAAAGAAGGCUGCUAUAACUAUACAAACUUGGUGGCGAAAACUUAAAGAUAGGCGUGAAUUUCUUAAAAAGAUAAAAGCUGCUGUUAUUAUUCAAAAAUGGUAUCGAUCUACUCAUAAAAAGAAGUUGGAUGAAGAAGCCCUACGAAUAAACAAAGCUGCUGCUCUUAUUCAGGCUUGGUGGCAUGGUUAUAUAACAAGAAAGAGAAUGAAAAAAUUCCUGGAAGAAAAGUUGAAAAAGACUAUUCAGAAAAAUAAAAAGCAAAAAAAGGGUAUUCCUUUGAAACAGCUGUUUACAAAUGCUGUAGGUUUCGUCUGCCAUAGUGGUAGAGAUUUGGGAAACCUCGUUGUCGCUUAUAAUGAUAUAGAUGUAUGUACAGUUUUUUCUCCAAUAUUAUGCUUGGAACUGGUCAAAGAUGAAUAUUUUUUUGAAUUCAUGUGGAAUGAUUUGAAUCAAGGAUUUCGUGAUGGACUGUAUUUAGAUAUUUUUGUCCAUUGUCUAAAUAUUAUAUUAAAACUAGCCAGAUAUCCUGAAACUAUUGACUAUCUUUUACAGAGCAUGGAUAUGUUUGGUGGUUAUACCAUCUUAGUAACGUUGAUGGGAAAGUUUAUAGAGAAGAAUACUGAAAUAUUUUGCAAAGCCGCAUCUGUUAUUUGGUUUCUCCUUCUAACUCGCCAAGAUAAAAAGUUGAGGGACAGCUUUGAUUUAGAAAGGUUGAAGUUUUACCAUAAAAAAAUUAUGGCAAAGAAAAAUUAUCAAGUUGAAAAGCACAGAUUUGUGCCACCGCUGAGGCCCGAUUGGGGAUACACCAACGAAUCGGUGUCCUUCUUAAGCGUGAGGACAGCAAUCGAGGAGCUGUUUGUUGUGAUGUCAUGACCUGUAUAUUACUAUUUUUAAUUUAUAACUUGUACCUGGUAGAAUUUUAUUUUUGAAGAUUUUAUUGAUGAGUAACGCAUUGAAUAUUAUAAAAUAAAAAAGGAUUAAUUUUAUUAUACAUACGCAUGAAAUAUGAAAUUAUGAUGAUGAAUUAUUUUUAUUAAACUUGAUUUUUGUGAUUGUUAUAAAUAAAUCAGUAAAUUAUU